CAUAUUUGUUUUUCCGAAUGUCUUAUCUGCUUUCCGCUUUCGAUUCGUUUCGACGGUAUCGUGUGCCGCUUUUUGGCACAAUACUUUGGCAUCGCAACCAUGCCGGAUCCGCGUCGUCAUUACGGUGUCCGCGCAAUAGUCGCGUGCGCGGUGCUUUGUCUGUGUCCGUGUCGACGGGCGCAAGGGCAAAAUGUCCUCUACGAUCAGCAAAACGCGGCGCAACAGUACUGGUCCCAGCAAAGGCCGCAGGACAUCAUUGACCAACAGUACAGCGGUCUCCGGGCUCCGCAGUUUUCCAACCCAAAUGCGGCCCAAGACCAAUACGGGUACGCGCAGCAGCAACAACAAAGACAAUUGCCCCAACAACAACAACAACAAUCGCCCCAACAACAACAACAACAACAAAGGCAAUUGCUCCAACAGCAACAGCUUCUCCAGCAGCAACAGCAGCUGCAGAGGCAAAGACAACAGACGACGCCCAGGACCAACAUUUACAACAGGAACGGUAACCAAUACCAGGGACGUCAGAGUUACGAUAACUACGCGUCCAGGUAUGCACCGCCUAUGCAACGACUGCAGGCUGGCGCCGCGGCUUAUGUGAUAAACGAAGAUAGAUUGGCAGAAAUCCGGUCGGAGUUCUUGUAUUGGUUCUUUGACAAGGGCGGCGAUAGCGACAAUGGUGAUUAUCAAACCGACAUACACGGUUCUUCGCCUCAGCUCCACAAAAACUUCAAUUUCCAGUUGCCCUUUUUCGGAUUCCGCUUCAAUUACACGCGCGUGUCCAUGAACGGUUACCUGGAGUUUAGCGACCCACCGACGCACUAUCGUUAUCCGCUUUCAUUUCCCAUCAAGGAAUGGCCGAAGAAAAACGACCCUUCGUUCAUUGGCAUUUUCUACAGUAAGUGCCGGAUAGGUUCGUUGAAACCGGAGGACGAGGACAGGCGGAGGGCAGGAGUAUAUUUCAGAAUGGAGCGAGACUUGCAAUCUCGAACCGAUCAGUUCGGGGUGGAAAUGAGGGAGAGGCUCAAAUGGGACAUUCGAGAAGGUGUAGUCGGCGCCGAAUCCUUUGUGCCCAAGCACUCCGUUAUAAUCACUUGGAAGAAUAUGUCGUUUUCCGGUGGGAUCGACAAUGCUUUGUAUAAGACCAAUACGUUCCAGAUGGUUUUGGCUACGGACGAAGUGUUCGCCUACGCAAUAUUUAACUAUGCUGACAUGCAAUGGACCAGUCAUACCGAAGCUGGUGGAGACACGACCGGAGGCGAAGGAGGAGUACCAGCUUUCGUGGGAUUCAACGCGGGUAAUGGAACGAGAAGUUUCGAAUACUAUCCAUACUCGCAAAGGUCGACAAUUAGAGAUUUGGUGGGCAGGGGUUGGGCAAACAAUUUCCCGGGUCGUCAUAUAUUCCGAAUCGAUGAAAAUAUCAUGCUGGGCACUUGUAACAAAGACAUAGCCGGCACUAAUUUGCCGCUGGUUUUCGCGCCAGAGAGUGGCAACAUGUUGGGCGGCACCGUGGUCAACAUAACCGGACCGUGUUUUGAACCCGGUGACAAAGUCCGGUGCAAGUUCGACACCGAAGAAGUCGAAGGUACGGUGGUAAACAGAAACCGAGCGGUUUGCAUACAACCAUUUUUGAUGGCCGAAGGUUAUGUAAUAUUCGACGUGGCCAUCGGCGAUGAGAAAUAUAACUGGAAAGGAAAAUACUUCGUUGAGACCCCUGCCACGGCUACAGAACGCAUCCGGUUCCAAGACGGAUCGGUGCGCGAGAGGAAACCAAAAGAGAUAAAAAUCACUUGGGAAAAACAAAAUUUGACCAGCAAUUACGACGCUGAAGUAAAGAUUCUGUUGUACGGUUACAGAGAAGUUACCAUUUCUCCGGAUUUAGUAUUCAUCGACGUUAUUGAGGACUCCGUGCCUAACUCUGGUGAAUAUGUGAUCAAUCCUAAACAGUUUGAAAACCGAGAAAACGAUAGGAAUUUGGAUUUAACGUUUGGCUUUCUGCAGAUACAGCUGGUGAAUCCAGUCCAAUACUUCGGCAUAUCCAUUUCACCGAUUAUUUGGAGCAAGCCUAUACCCUUGGGAUGGUACUUUGCGCCACAAUGGGAACGAUGGCACGGUGAGUUUUGGCCCGAAAAGAUCUGCGACGACUGGAUCAAGAACGACAGGUACUUGAAGAACUUUGCGGCCGAAAUUCACCAAUGUCCCUGCACUCUAGACCACGCGCUAGUCGAUCGGGGCCGUUUCUUGCCGGACUUUGAUUGUGACAGGGAUGCUAACCCGCAGUGUCUUUACAACAAAGGAGCCGUGCAUUGCGUUACAACGGGAGCGCCGAGCAUGGAAGGUUCGGAACAGCAGUGUUGCUACGACAAAAAUAAUUAUCUCAUGCUUUCCUACGACCAGCAGUGGGGUUCCCGUCCCAGGAGGUCACACAACUUGGGUUUCUUGCCUUGGUCCGAAGCCAAUAAAGUGCCCACGCUGUCGCAAUGGUUCCACGACAUGAGCCCGUUUUUCCCAUGUUGUUUGUGGCAAGAAGAACAGGCCGUUGGUUGCGAGACUUACCGUUUCGAACGUCGGCCUUCCCAAGACUGCGUGGCGUACCAAUCGCCGUACGUAGCUACCGUGUUCGGAGAUCCGCACGUUAUCACAUUCGACGACUUGGAGUACACGUUCAAUGGUAAAGGCGAGUUCGUGUUAGUGCACGUAGACUCGGACGAAUUCAAAUUUGAUGUCCAGGGAAGAUUCGAACAGUUGCCGAAUAACAUUUACGGACCAGUGAUGGCCACUCAACUAACUUCGGUGGCUUCACGCGACAAUACGUCCACCGUAAUUGAAGUGCGACUGCGGCCCAAAGCCGCUCAAUGGAGAUAUAGACUGGACGUGUUCGCCGACGGCAAACGGGUAUACUUCGAUAGACCGGCGUUAAAGGUGCAACACUUCCACGGCGUAACCGUUUACUCGCCAUCUUACACACUCAAUCAGUCCGAAAUUGUGAUCAUGUUCCAGUCGGGUGCCGGUCUAGAAGUCUUGGAAAACAAAGGUUACAUGACGACCAGGGUUUACAUGCCUUGGCAGUUUAUCAAUCGAACCAGAGGGUUGUUUGGCAACUGGAGUUUCGACCAAAUGGACGACUUUGUGUUGCCCGAUGGCAUGACUGUCUUACCCACCACGUUUGAUUUCGAAGGAACUCACAAGCAGUUCGCGAUGAAUUGGAUUUUAGAAGACAGAGAUGAAAAAAACAAGGGUGGAGCGUUGUUUUUCAGGGAAUAUGGUCGCACGGCAAGUUACUAUGCGAACCGGACGUUCGAGCCAGUGUUUGCACAGACUCCGGAACUAAUCAUACCGCCCAACCGAACCGCAGACAUCAAGAAAGCGAACGAACUGUGCGGGGAUUCGUAUCAAUGCAAGUAUGACUACUCGGUCAGUCUCAACUGGGAUAUGGCUUUCUACACGCUGCAGUAUCAAGACGGGUUCGUCAACACUAAAAAGAUGAGCAAGCAGAGAGUGAUAUCCUGCGGUGUUCUGGAGACUCCCCGGUUCGGACGAAAGAGCAACUUCUUGUUUGUGCCUAACACCAAAGUGACGUUCGAGUGCAACCAAGACUUCGUGUUGAUUGGCGACCAACGGAGAUCGUGUUCGUCCGACGGCAAAUGGGAUAUUCCAGAAUAUGGAUACACAGAAUGUUUGCGUCAUAUCGAAUAUGAGUCGCGAAGCGCUUGGAUGACCAUCGCGUUGAUAGCUGGCGCAAUUGUACCGCUGCUGGUAGGCAUAUGUUGCGUGGUGUCACAAGUGUACCGGCGGCGGCGCCGCGGUCCAGGCCUGCGGUUCACGUCGGCCGCCGCAAUGAGACGCCGGAAUUCCGUGUUGGCCCUGAGCACGGUCGACUUGUCCAAGCCCGAAGACCCCGAACAGCCGUCGGCCCGGCAGCAGCAACGGCAACAACCGGCACAGUUGACGUCAUCGUCGCCGGCGUCGUCGUCCAACAGAUCCACACCACCCGACUCGUUGGCCAGCUCGACUAACCCGAAGCGGUCGUACGACGCGGUGUACAGGACCAACGAGCCGCUGCCCGGCAAACCCGACGUCCAGUUCGAGCCCAAAGUGUGGGAUUUGGACGCCGAGUACGAGGGACAGCUGGACAAGAUACCCAAGAGGACGGCCAUCUACGUGCCCGGUUCGCCGCUGACCGACAGGCGCGACACAGGCGGUCCAUCCAUGGCCGUUCAACGGCAAAUUUUUCCGUCCAAACUCAAAGACUCAUUUUAAGCGCCGGUGUCGAAAACUAAAUUAUUACAAUUAUUAUGUAUGUAUUAUAUAUUUUGGAUGGCAUUUUGCACAAAAAAAAAAAUCUUUAAAUUUAAAUAUAGUUUUAACAGUUUUUACUAUAGUCUCGGUGUUGAUAAACCAACCUUAAAUUUUAUGUUUUGUCGAUGCAAACGGUCAUAUCCAAGUAUUAUUAUUGUUACGGCUUAAAACCCGCAUUUCCACCAGCAGCGGUACGCGCUAAUUUAAUAUAUAUAUAUUAUACAGUUUUAAAAUGACUUUUAAACAGCUAAACACUGACCAUGUCAACAUAAAAAUACAGUUUAUCUAACGUUUAUAAAUGCGUCUUUUAUUUAUUUUGCUUACGUUUUUGUACAAAAAAAAACACAUACAUGCCAAGGGUAAUUAUAAUGCGGUAUAGUUAUUUUGUCUGAUAUACAUUAUAUUAUAGUUGUUACUAUACGUAUAGCGGGUUUUAUAAAAUAUUAAUAAAUUUAAUUACUUAAAAUCUAAUAACUAUAGUCCAAAAGCAUAUUAAAGUAAUUUUAAUUUAUUGUAAAGAAUAACGUCUUCUGUCAUCUG